GUGUGUGCAAAAACUUUUUUUUUUGUUUUGUUUUUGGUUAAAUUGGAAAUUACUGAAAUUAGAUUCAUCAAUGUUUUUGUUAUUAUCAAAUUCAUCAUCACUAAUUCAAACUAUUCAAUGGAUUAGUUCAAAAUGGAGAAAAGUACGAUCAUUGGUUACAUCACCAUUCAUACAGACAUAUAAACGAAAAAAAUAUCCAUGGAUACAAUUAGCCGGUCAUCAAGGUAAUUUUGUUGCCGGUCAAAUACAGGGAACAAUAAUGAAAAAAUUAUGUGGAAAUGAAAUUGAUUGUUUUCAAAAAUUAAUGUCCGAUCCACAAUUAUCUGUACUGGUACCAGAAUUUAAAAAUAUUCGAAUUGUUAAUGGUGAUACUUAUCUAGAAUUAGAAGAUCUAUUAGCAACAUUUGUUAAUCCUUCGGUAAUGGAUAUAAAAAUGGGUAUAAGAACAUAUCUAGAAGAAGAACUAGUCAAAGCUAAUGAAAAACCAAGAUUACGUAAAGAUAUGUAUGAAAAAAUGGUGGCUAUCGAUCCGGAAGAACCAAGCAAUGAAGAAAAAGAACAAAAAGCAAUAACAAAACCACGUUAUAUGGUUUGGCGUGAAACAAUAUCAUCAACAUCGACACUUGGAUUUCGUAUCGAUGGUAUGAAAUCGGGUGAUAAUCAUCAUCGACUGAAAACAACAACAGCAACUGUUAAAGAUUUUAAACGUACUAAAUCAAUCGAAUCAGUUCGUUCGGCUAUAUUAGAAUUUGUUGGUGAUAAACAUGAAUAUCUGAUUACCUAUUUGGAAAAACUUAAAUUUAUUCGAAAACAACUUGAACAAUCAAAAUUUUUUCAAACACAUGAGAUGAUUGGUUCAAGUUUAUUAUUAGUACAUGAUCAACAACAUGCAAAUAUUUGGAUGAUUGAUUUUGCUAAAACAUAUCCACUGCCCGAUGAUAUAAAUAUUAAUCAUCGUGAUCAAUGGACAUUAGGUAAUCAUGAAGAUGGCUAUCUAUUUGGUCUUGAUAAUCUUAUUGAAAUAUUUUCAUCACUUUGCUGUAAUUCAUCGACAUCAUCAUCAACAACAACGACAACGCCAUCAUCAUCAUAGUGAUGUAUAUUACAACGAUAAUAAAAUUAAAUCGACCAAUUACGAAAUUCUGUGUUAUACAAACAAACAAACAAAAAAUUCACAAUAAAAAACUCUUG